CUGCUGUGUCACCUCAUCGAUCAUCAAUCGAACCUUCCCACUUCCCACUGGUCCCGUCCAUCAACUCUUCCCAUUUAUUUCCCAUUCCAUAGAAGGCAAUCAAUCCACAAAGUUUGAGAGUUGCUUGUACCGUAGUAGGUUGUAUAAUAAUAGUCACCAUGUCGUCGUCGAACAACCAUGCUAAUGAUGAAGAAGCUCCUGAUCAACCCGAGUUGGCUCCCAGUGAAACCGUGGCGAUUGAUGUUCUGACCAAACGGAGGGAGCUGGAAGCGGCUCAGUACAAGACGGACUCGGCUCGUCAUAUGGUGCCCGUCAGUAAUCAUACUGCUGAUGACAAUGUCAUGAUACCAAGGGAGGAGGAGGAGCAGAGUGACCAGAACAGCCACAGCUCCUUCAACAUGCUGGAAAUGGUGGAAGAACGAGUCAGCAUGGCUGCCAAAGAUGAUGAUGAAAUAGAAAACGAAGACUUGAAAAAGGGAAUUGACAAAGGGACAUCAGAUGACCUCACAAAGAAGAAGAAGCGCGACCCCACGAUGGAUACCACCACCACCAAUAAGUUAGCCACGGAUGCUCAAGUGAAUGCCAAGCUGGGAUCCUUGGGAGCCAUUGCCGCUAGUAGUGCUGGAGCUAUUACCGAUGCCCAAGUGAACGCCAAGCUGGCAGCCAACUCCUCUACCAAUCCCACGGUCCGCCAGAUGCAACGCCCUGGUGCCUACAUGGGUGCACCGGGAGUGGAACUUCAGAGAACCUCUACUGUGAGCUAUCAAAAUUUUGGAUCGGCAAGCGAUGCCGAGUUGAAGAGCUCCGAGUUUACUACCAGCAUGGAAUUUCGUUCCAGUUUGGUCGUCAAUAACAAUCAUCGAGCAGCAACAACCCUUCCGGAACUGGACGACGACGAGGACGACGACGAGCCCCAGGCUUUUGCAAGUGGAAACUCGGCAGCCUUGCAAGAGGACUCUGGAGGACUGGUUCAAGCCAAUCCGGUCCGGGACGAAUUUCGCAACAGCAAUCUCCAAUCGGCAGCACCCGUGUUGGAACAAAACAAAAACCAACCGAGGGAACAACAAACCAACACGAUUUAUAUGGCGGGGGCAGCGUUUCUCCUUUUGCUAGUAGUCAUUGUCGUCGUGGCCGUGGUGGUUACCAAAAGCAAGGAAGACACGAUUGUCAUUGUGGAAGCUACCCAAUCUCCCACGUCCAACCCAACUUUUGCACCCACAACAUGGACCGUUCAAGAUUAUGUCUUGAAUCUGCUUCCGGAAGCGACAGUCAAUAGCGUGCUACAGGAUGUCUUGUCGGCACAAGCACAAGCGUUCGACUGGAUUAUGGAAGAUUUGAUGCAGAAUGCUGAUCAAGACUUUACGGAGGACCGCAUUGUGCAGCGAUUUGUGCUGGCAACCUUCUUCUUUGCCACGGGUGGGAUCGAAAGUUGGUCCCAAAACGAUAAUUGGCUCAACCAUACCGUACAUGAAUGUGAUUGGUUUGCCAAAGAUGGGUCCAAACUCUACUGGCCUCCAAAUGAUGAUCCUGACUUUCCUUGUUUUCGACACACGGCCACGUACAAACAACUUUGGUUGUACGCCAACAACCUCGAAGGAACACUGCCCAUGAAUGAGCUCAGUCUCUUGACCAAACUCACCAGUGUCUCACUCAAUGCCAAUCCCGGUCUACAAGGGACUCUGUCCGCUCUGUGGGGAAAAUUGACCGAUCUAGAACAGUUGGAUAUGGGCCGACUGGAGGGUCCCUCCAAAUCCAAAAUACCGUCCGAGUUUGGCUUGCUCACGGCCAUGACAAGCUUGAAUCUGCUCAACAACUUUCUCACGGGAACCAUCCCGACGGAACUGUUCUUGCUCUCCAAACUUCAUCACUGGUUCCUCGACAACAAUGAGCUGACUGGGACCAUCUCCACUUUGAUUGGCAACAUGAACGCGUUGCACAAUCCGUACUUUCAUUCCAAUCUGCUUUCGGGACCCCUUCCCUCGGAAAUUGGAAGGAUCCCCGGCAAUCAUCUCUCGUUGGAUCAAAACCUUUUGACGGGAACAUUGCCGACCGAGUUGGGGCAAGUCUCGACCGUCGAGCACAUGGUGGUGAUGAAGAAUGCGCUCACAGGGCCCCUCCCGUCUGAAUUGGGGUUGUUGCAUCGACCCAAAGAUGAAACAAAAGGUUGGGGAUUUGGUGCCGGACCGUGGUGGUACUUGAAUGCCGGGUACAACCAACUGUCUGGAGAAAUUCCUUCCGAGUUUGGGACCAUGUUCUACAUGAAACACAUUUGGCUCAAUGACAACAAGUUUUCGGGGACGUUGCCACAGGAGCUCGCCAUCUUGGCAGCAGAAAAUAGUAAUGACACGUCGUUGCUGCUGUCAUUGAAUAUCUUGAACAAUCCAUUCCUCUCGGGAGUCAUCCCGGAGAGUCUCUGCUCGAUUGGUCCCGAUGCCAAUGUAUCGUGUCCCAUUGGAGGCACAUGGUACAAAGAUUGUGGGCUUUCCUUUGACUGUCUUGCCAAUAAUAAUGUCAGUACCACUGGAGAUCAUUAUUUGUGUGGUUGCGGUUGUGACUGCGAAUAAUACAAAGACAAGAGCUGAAAAGGAGGCAGAUCUGAACAGGGGACCGACUGUGCGAAUGUGCUCUCCUUCAAUUGGGGGAAGAACUGAUUGGAGGCUGUUCUUCUUGCAGGGCUCACUUAGUUUGUAGACAACACUAGUUUGGGAGAACAGGGCUACUCUGGGUUGGCUUACUAGCUAGUAAAUGAAUGUUGCAUCGAAGUCCGAUCGUGGAGGCUUGAUUCCAAAUAUCUGGCGAAUGCUUUUGGUCCCUACCGGUACCGGUAUUGACACUUCCAGCUACUAGCUAGCUAGCUCCAUGUAGCUAGCUAGAGACUACCGGUGGAAGUUUAGAAGCCCUCGCAAAAUCCAUCCUAAUAAUCCAGAGGUUCGUCUUUUCUUGAAAAAGAUCUUUCAUUGCUCAAAGAACCCUGCGCGAUUGCGAGAUCACGGCCA